AUGCCAAUGCUGCGUCAACGCAUCAUCAUAAUCACUCUCUUCCCGCUUCUUCUACACCUCACCUCCGCCAUCGAAUCUUGCCGAUUCUCUUUUCAGGAUGAAAAGAAUCUCUACAAUUACACCCUCUCUUCUCCCAUCCGCAACUUCCCUCACGGCAUCCUCAGCGAAGACGGGAUACGACAGUUAUACAGUUCUGACUGA